GGUCGGGUCAAUGUCUUUGGAAUUAUUUCUCGAGUCUUAGCUGCCCUGUUCAUGAUCGGUCGAAUCGAUCACCAUGUUUUUGAGAUUCUUCUAAAUAUCUUUUCUCUUUCGUUAAUGGUUACGAUGUCAAUCGAGUACCCCAGUCAUCUAUCUUCUUUGAAAUGGAAUUCCCGUUCUCCUGCCUCUGUUAAAGUUUCUCCUGUGUCUGUUGUUUCGGCUUCGCUAGCUCAAUCAAUGACUUGGGUUUUAAGAUUGCAUCUGGACUAUUCUGAUUCAAGCCAACAGGAAACCAAAUCACAGUCCGCAACUGGAACCACACAAAAAGCUGGAUGGGUCUCCAUGCGAUAUGGGAUUUUUGCUGCUGGUGUUGUUCUGACGGGCAUUGGUGUGCUGGUCUACUUAAAGCGCUCCAAGAUGUGA